AUGUCCCCACAGGGUUCCUGCUGCCCCUCGGGGCCGGGGCUGUCCCCAGGGCUGUCCCCAGCGCUGUCCCCAGGGGGCUGUGAGGAGUGUGAGGCCUGGCUGGGCCCGGGGGGCUCCCCCCGGCCGUGUCCCCACGGAGCCGCCGGCGAGGGAGCGGCGCCGGAGCCACGAGAGCCCCCCACGGAGGACGACGUGUACUGCCGCUGCCUGUCGCGCACGCUGUGCCACACGGCCACGCCCGUCACCGUCGGAUUCUACGCGCCCUGCGGCCACCGCCUCGAGUCCCUGCUGGCCAAGGUCACCGCCUUCAUGCGGGAGGAGAUGGCGCGGCGCGAAGCCGCCGAGCUGCUCCGCGGCCACCGCAAGCCGCGCAGCCCCCACGGCUGGGGCCUGCUGGUGGCCCUGUGGCUCCUGGCCUUCUACGAGCCCGUGGUGACCGAGGGCCACCUGCGGCGCAAGAACCUGGAGUUCAUCUUCAUCCGCUUCAGCGCCUGGGAGUUCGAGGGCUGCGACAAGCUGUGGGCGGGGCUGGUGACCACGCUGUGCCAGAACAUCCGGCAGCACUUCGGCGCGCUGCCGCUCAGCGUGUUCCACGUGCUGGGCGCGCGGCCGCGCUUCGCCUCCGGCUUCUCGCAGCGCGAGUGGGUGCUCAAGAAAGGGACGUGCCUGCGGCUCUGGGGGCUGCUGCUGGUGCUGGCCGCGGGCGUCGCCAUCCUGCUGGUGGCGCUGCUGGUGCCGGGCGUCAAGGACCACCACGCGCUCAAGGUGGUGGGCAGCGCCGUGGCGUCGCUGUCGGGCUCCUCGCUGGUGCUGGGCGCCCUGUCCAUCCUCAAGAACUUCUUGGUGAGCGAGAAGAAGAAAAUCGAGCGCUUGACCAACAGCGACAGGUUUGCCGGGCAGCUGGGGUUCAUGAGCAAGAUCCGCGGCGAGGUGGAGGUGCUGGUGGAUUUCCUGGCGUUCAUGGAGGUGUUCGAGCGCCGGCGGCUGCGCGUGGUGCUGGAGAUCACCAGCCUGGAUCUGUGCUACCCGGAGAAGGUGGCCGGCGUGUUCAACGCCAUGGCCACGCUGCUGUCGGACGCCAACGCGCCCUUCAUCUUCGUGCUGGCCGUGGACCCCAGCGUCAUCGUGCCGUGCCUGGAGCAGACGGGCUGCAUGAAGGGGCUGGCGGACAACGGCUACCUGUACCUGAACCGCGCCGUCACGCUGCCCUUCUCCAUCCCCGAGAUGGGCGCCCGCUCCCGCCUGCGCAGCGUCGAGGCCGCCAUCCAGACGCGCGAGGACCUCAUGUACCGCAUCAUCGCUGGCAACGUCGCCAAAACCCGCGGCGGCGGCGGCGGCACCGUCACCACCGUUCCCGGCUGGAAGGAGGUGGACGCCGAGGCCGUGCCGUGGAUCCACGAGGCGUUCCGCUGCCUCCACGACGGUUCCGACGUUUUAUCCCGGUACCUCCCGGAGAACGGAGCCAACGUGCGGCGCAUCGUCAACACCAUCCCCAUCACGCUGCGGCUGCUGCUGCACCGAUGCGGCGCCGGCGUCGCUGCCGAAAUCCCGUCGCCCCGCGCCGCGGCCGCCUGGGUGGUGCUGGCUGACCGCUGGCCCGGCCGGCUCAGCUGGACGCUGCAGUGCCUGGAGGACGCCGGGCAGCCGGGCGAUUUGGGCAAAUCCUUGUGGAGCGUCUUCCAGGAGCACGCGGGCGAGCUGGGCGCGCUGCGGCAGCCGCUGGGCAAGGUGCUGAGCCUGGACGCCGAGCCCGGGCUCUUCCAGGCGUUCCUGGCGAGGGAUUUCCCCUUCAGCGCCGCCGAGGCGCGCCGGCUGCUGGCGGUCACCGUCAACCUGGACCAUUCCAUCCGGCACCAGAUGGGGCUGCUGCGGGCCCUGGGACGGAUCGGCAAAGCCGCGGCCGCGCCGGUGUCGCGGGGGGUGCAGUGCCCCGGCGGGCCCUGA